GUCGUUUGUCCAGCCCCCUUUUCCUUUCAUCGUCCAUGAGAUCAUAAUGCACCACAAACACGCUGAAACCCAGCUAUUUACGGACUGUUAGAUAUAAUCAAAGGAAGGAUUAUGGCUUCAGAAGAGAUAGAAUUGAAUGGAGGUGCCAGCAGAGGUGAUUCGGGAGAGCAUCCUCGGCCGGGCCACUGGUCAAGAAACACCCAACUUAACAUGAACCAUUAUGCCAAUAAGAAGAGUGCAGCGGAGAGCAUGCUGGAUGUAGCGCUGCUGAUGGCCAACGCAUCCCAGCUGAAGACCGUCCUGGAGUUGGGACCAAAUUUCUCCUUCUACAUUCCUAUUAUCAGCCUCAUCAGCAUCUCCCUCAUCUUACAGAUCAUCGUGGGGAUCUUGCUCAUCUUCAUAGUGAAGUGGAAUCUGAAUGACUCAAGUAAACACUUCAUACUGAACCUUCUGGAAAACAUUGUCACAGCUCUAGUGUUUGUCAUCGUAGUUGUGAAUGUUUUCAUCACAGCGUUUGGCGUCCAAAGACCAGAAGAGAAGAAAUCAUAACCGGCAAUGGCUUUCUUAAAGGUAUAUAUAGUUGGACAUUUAUUAUUAACAAUGAAAUGUUAUCAAAUGUGCCUCUAUGUAAAUAUGCCUUAUGUUUUACAUGGAGAAACUUUGUUUUUAGUCCCAAAAAAGAGGCGACAACAGGUUAGAUAAUAUAACUUGUGAAUCAUGAAUUCUGAUUAACACAAAUUUAAUUUAGAGUCAAUUACAUAUAAUUGUUAUAUGGGUAAUUGUUUAAUUAUAUAAUGCACAAUAAUGGUGAAAUUGGAACAUUCAGCUAGAACCAUUACUUUCUGACUUAAUCUAAGUCCCAAAGAAAAGACAAACAUUGGUCCAUGUGAUACCUUCAAGGCUGAAAUGAACAAUAACACCUCAAAUCAUGUGACCUUCAUACUGCCUACCUGAAAGUCUUCCAUCACUGUAUUAGCGGCCUAUAGAGAGGAAAUGUAUGGAUUCAUUUAUUUGUGGUUCCAGUCUAUGGGUUCAACAUAUUGUAACUCACUUGCACAGCACGUUUGUGUUUGUUUUUAGUCAAAGGUCAUAUUUAGAGGUCUUGUUGCAUGAAUAAGACAAAUGAAGGAUAAACUGCUUAUGAGGUCUGAAAACAAGGUACUUGCAGUUAAAGCUGAUUUAACUGCAAGAAUGUAAUUUGUUGAGAAAUUAUAUUUUCUCACAAAACUCAGUAACUUCACGACACAUGAAUAUAAAUUAUAUAAAAUAUAGUACAUUUUCUUUUACUAUCCGACCAAAAACAUAAUAAAUUGAGCUUUUUUGUUGUUGUUGUUGUUGUUGUUGUAAUAAUAUGAGCGCCCUCUACUGGCUAGGAGUUACAUAAUGUUUUUUUUUCUUUCAAAUGUUUUUGACUUUAAAAUGUUAAUGUUGUUUAGGGUUUUCAUAUGUGAUUAUUUACGAUCCAAUGUUCAUAUAUUUCUUGAAUUUUUAAAAAAAAUUUUAUGAAUAUCACUUGUAUAAAUAACCAAAGAUGUUUUUCAUUUUUAGAUAACAGCAUUGUGUCAUAAAAGAAAACCAAAUCAUUAAAAAUAAGUGCAUUUAGUCAUUAUUUCAGUGCAGGGAUAAAUUGUAGACCUACUUACAGUUGUUUCUAUGUUCACAUUGCACACUGGUCUUCUUAAAUAAUGUUUCUGCUGUAUUUAAGGGCAAAACAUUCAUUCUGACAUCAAUAAAAAGAUCAUUUUUUUGGAA